CCUCAUUGUCUGGACGGGUCGUAAUCACGGUAAUAGACGCGCAGUGAGAUGUAACCGGGGCUGGCCUUGGUUCUGAAACGGCGGCUGACAGGAGCGCAGAGUGCCGCCUCCCUGCAGCCGAACAGCCCGUGCAGGUGUGGACUCUGAGCGGCUCGGUGAGGUGGAUAAAGACCCGCCGGGGAGCCGGGGGUUGGGGUUGACCGUGUCGGUGCCUGCCGCAGGGGUUCUGCUGUGUGAGCGGGUCUGAUCCCCUCACGGUGUAUCUCAGGAUGUAGGCCGGUGAUCCUGCAGGAGGGAGGAUUGCACGCAGGGAUUUCCACACCUGUAGAGAAAAAAACCAAGAGAACGAGAGAUUCUUCUGUACUUCAUGUGCCGCUCAGCGUGUUCUGGACAAGAUGAGUACAGACAGACCAAAACGCAACAUCAUCAAAAAGAAAUAUGACAUCAGUGACGGGAUGCCGUGGUGUGAAGAGCGUCUGGUCCGGAAGGUUCUGUUCCUCUCCCUCAGGGAAUUCAGAGACACAAACCGUGCCACACACAAACACUCUCACAUACACACGUGUGCACACAAACGCACUCCCAAAAACACACUCUUGCACGCUCCGCAAAAGACGCCGACGCAACCGAACACUCGACAGAGCGUGCAAACGCCGCAGCAGAAAGUCACACACAGACCAACGAGCACACACACGCUGAAAAAUCAACACGUUUCCAAACAUCUGCACCAUCAUGAACACAACAACAACAACAACAACAACAACAACAAAGGGCAUAAAACCCAGCCGUCUCAGGAUGCACACACACCAAAAACUAAAUGCACACACACACUGCGCAACACAACACAAACACAAUCCGACACCGUUCAGGAGUCGCAUGUUUUCCAGAGGACUUCAGCGACAACCAGAACUCUGCGCUCACACACAACGCAGACCAGUCCGUCACUGCUCAAACACAAACACAACACACAGCACAAACACUCGGUGAGGAACACACACACGCCGCCGCACACACCUGCCCCGGCCCGGACACUGAGGUCACAAACUCCCACAAAGCUCAAAGGCCCCGUGGUUAAUGGUCUCAGCCGGCAUCAGUCCCUCCUGUCAGCCAGUCCGACCUGGAUCCGGUCCUUACAGAGCAGACCAGGUCCUCCACUGCGCCGCCCUGCGAGCCUCCAUCAUGACAAAGAGGAUCCUGCAAGCAAGAGACCGAGGCUCCGAGCUCAGAGGAAGUUUGCCCAGUCCCCUCCCAGCUCUCCGGGACCUCCAGUGUUGAUGACAUCUGCACGAAAUAACCACACCCACAACAGUGUUGUAGGCACCUGCCUGACCCGCCGGCGACCAAAGACGGAGGACUUCCUGUCUUUUCUUUGCUUGAGAGGUUCAUCCGCGUUGCCUAGCAACAUGGCCUUCUUGAAGAGUGGACGAGCAAAGGAGCCAGCCAAUACACAGCAUCGUACUUCCUCUCCUUCCACCAAUCAGAGGACUGCAGCUCAGGGAAAGAACAUAAAGGUUCUCAGUAGAUCAUCAGUGCAGAGGAACGCUCGGCCUCCGAGAGGAAGUGGACGUUCUGCAGAGGUCGGCUCCUUCUGCCCCAUGAGUGCCCGAGCAGAGAGGAGGAGGGAGAGGCAGAGGAGAGAGGAGGAGCAGCAGAGGAGAAGGAGUAAGGGAGUGGAGGAGGACAGGAGGAAGGGAGGUGAGAGACAUCUCAUGAGACCUCGCCAGCUCCCCCUACAGGUCAGGAGGAACAACAAGGUGGCCUUGGCGACUGGAUUCUCUCAACAAAGAACCUCCUCUGUCAGGUCAGUCCCUCCUUUAAAGCCUAGCACGGUGGUCCGUAGCAGAGGAUCUACCAGACCCUCCACAAGGCCUGGCAGUACCUGUAAGGCAAAAGGCCCUCCCCAAAGCAGACCCAAGGCAACCAACAACAAACACCUCUCCAGGCAACCAAGCAACAAAGAGUUUAAACGCAAUCACCCCCUUCCUCUCCACCGCAGAACAGUCUCCAAUUGCUAUAGCAAUCCCAAGACCUUAAGCAGUUUCCAGAACUCAGGAAGAAAUUCAAGUAGGUCUCAGGCUCAAAUACCAUUGACCAAUGGCUCUGGCACUGGAGAGCUAAGUGAGAACCUGAGGGUGUCCAGAAGGAAGAGAGGCCUCCCACCAGAUACCAGCCCUACCCCCGUUAAUCCUCAGGGCAACAACCCACCAAGGAAGAGCAGGACACUGCAAUACAAUCAUAUAGAUGUCCCAUUGGAGAGUGUUGAGAUCCCACAGAAGGAGACCGACUGUGAAAAGGUAAAUGGGGUUGAAGAUGUCAGCCAUGAUGCAGAUUGUGGAAAAGAAAUUCUCGGCCAUGUUGAAGAAAUUAGAUUACAGACGGACAGUAUUAGUGAAGUCGUACAGGACAAGGGUGAUGUUGGAAAGUUAAGUUUGGAGAGCAUCACUUCUCUGGAGCUCUCUGAAGAAAGGGUCAUUACAAACUGUGAACUCAGCCCGGUCAGCCAGGUCAUUAACAGACACGUCAGAGAGAAAAGGAUCCAGAGAAACCAUCCUGCUUCAUCCUCACUCCCCAAGCCAAUCACCAGGACUACUGAAUCUAGAGCCAGAGCUGCUGCUGCUGCUGCUAGGACUACUGUUUCUAAAGCUGCUAUCAACUCAGUGACUUCUUCUCAACCAGACCCACCAGCCACUUAUCCUGCCAAGCACACUACUAAGGGUACUAACAAAGGUACUAGCAAACACAUUACCAAGUGUACUUCACCAGCAAGCAGGUACUCUACCCAUCACUCCAAAGGUGCUUCAAAAGACUCUUCCAAGGACACCCCAGGGGAUCCAACUAAGGACAGUUCUAGCACUUCCAAGGGCUCUACAAAGGGCCUUACCGAGACCAAGCCCACUACCUCAGCCAUUAGGACCAGGACCAGCCCGAGAAUCCUUCCGAAGCGCUAAGGUUCACUUUUACAGAUAUUGAGAAUUAAAGAGGACAGUUAGCAAGAUACUUUAAACAAAAAAUGUGUGCUGUUGAUCAAAGGGAACUUGAGGUGCUAGGUGUUGGGUGGUAGGAUAGUUUCCUCUUAAACAAAGGACAAAAGUGUGUUCUGCAUUUU